GCCUACAAAUGUUUCUCAGCUGCAAGCGCUAUGGUUGUUGGGAUGUGUGAAUGUCCAGCAUUCGCCAUAUUGAAUAAAUUGUUUUACAUAGUGGGCUGGACUUUAUGGAACUGGUUUAAAGCGGGGAUUUUGAAAGGAGGUUACUGUCUUUCUUGCACUACCUUUUCAUUUUAAGUGGAUAUGAGAGAUAUGUUGACCAAUACUGCAAUGCUGGCGAUUCGAUCACACUAUCCUCAGAAGUAUUAUGGCAUAACUUCUCCAAUUAGCCUUGCUUAUCCGAAAGAGGAGGAUCAGAUUUUAACUGGUAAUUUAAUUGAAGCCAUGAAGCCUUUUGGUGUAUUUGAAGACAGUGAAGAGCUAAAUCAUAGAUUAGUUGUCCUGGGUAAAUUGAACAGUCUAGUAAAAGAAUGGAUUGCAGAAGUUGGCGAAGGCAAGGUAUUUAAAAAGUAA